CCUAAUUCCCAAAACCUCACCGUUCAAUCAAUCUUCUCGAUCUAUCCCACCUAAUCACCCUCCAUCUCCAGAUUUGAGCUGGAAAAUGGCUGCCAGAUUCAAAGAGCUUAUCAAAAAAUACGGUAAAGUAGGAGUAGUGGUGCAUUGCUCAGUCUCCGCAGCCUCAAUUUCGGGCCUCUACGUCGCGAUUAACAGCAACGUCGAUGUCGAAUCCUUACUCGAGAGGAUUGGUUUAUCUAAUCUAGGCAAGGAUAAGUCCAAGGAUGGCGGUAGAUCUGAUCCGCUGCCCGAAAAUGCUGAGAUAACGACGAAAGGCUCUCCAGAAAUACCAGCGAAGGAGAAGAAUCGUACGACCGAGCUGGCGGCAUCGAGCGGCGGCGCUCUUGCUCUAGCGAUCCUGCUGAAUAAAGCUCUGUUUCCGGUCAGGGUUCCGAUCACCUUAGCUGUAACACCAGCCGUGGCACGGUUUCUGGCGAGGCGAAAUAUGAUCAAUAAAAGUGUAUGAGUGAUUUCCUAUUUCACUUUGUCUUCUUUUUUUGUAUUCAGAAAAUAAAUGAAUUAGUGACACCUUUGUUGGAAUGUGAGUGUUUGGACUAAAAGCCACAUAUUUAGUUUAGAUUAUGGAACUCAUAUUUUGAACAUCAACUUCACUAAUAAACAUUUUAUCUGCUAGUGUAA